AUGGCUUGGCCGUGCAUCAGCAGAGUGUGCUGCCUGGCUCGCUUCUGGAACCAGUUCGACAAAUCGGACCUGUCCGUGCCGCUCACCAUCCAGAACUACUCGGACAUCUCCGAGCAGGAGGUGCGGUCCGUCACCAAACAGGUCUCCGCCUCGGAGCGCGCCCCCGGGAAUAACUACUCAACCCCGGACCCGCGUUCCGGCGGCUCCCCUCAUGCGCCCGCGGAUGGCUCUGGGACCCGAGGAUCUUUCAGGGCGCGGAAGGAGCCCAGUUACAAGCCCCGGGAGGACUACCACCCGCCCGGAGUGCCUUUCCCCAGCGUUACCCAGUACAAGCAGGAUUUCAAACCCUGGCCCAUUCCCAGGAAGGAGAAUUUCCCUUGGAUUAGUAACGGGGGCAGCAGGGCAGACAGUGUGUCGGACAGCCCGGUGAACAGCUACCACAGCCAGGCGCAGGAGGAGAGAGAGGAGCGGGGCAGGGGGCACAGGUGGGGGGAGCAGCAGGGGACGGAGGAGAGAAAAACCAGCUCCUACAGGCAAGAGUACAGGCCAUGGACGGGGGUGAGGCCGGCCAAAAGUGCGAGGAGAAACCCCCCAGCUCAAUACUCCAGCCCAGGGACAGAGGCCACCCAGGUCCCACGUGAGACCAGCUACCAAGCUGCCUACAGUGGGGAGACCCAAAGGUCCACAGGGCUGCAUCAGGCGGAGCACAUCAUCCCGUCCGCCAGCACCAAUAUACAACCCGCUGCCGUCCCCCAGCCCAUCCCCACUGCCCUGCAGGCCGGCACUUCGCUGAGCCCCUCCGGCCUCCAGCAGAGCACCCUGCCCGAGAGGACCGAGCACAGUGGAACAACCAAGGGAGAGGAACAUCUGGUGAGGACCAAGCUCCCCCCGAACCCUUCCGCUGUCUUCCAAAGCGGAUCCAGGGUCUACAACAUCUGA